AUGGCUUGGAACAAUUCUGCUUCUACUCCUGGGGGUCGGGCUGCUACACCGACUGUUUUCGAGCAACAGCGCGAGGAAUUGGUGCGCGAGAUUGCGGUGGGUAUGGAGCAGGUGCUUCAGAACAUUAAUAAGUUGAAUCGGAAUCUGGAAAGUAUCAUCACGGUUGGGAAUGAAUUUGGGGCUGUGGAGGCUCUGUGGUCUCAGUUCGAGAACUUUAUGGGUCAAUCUGAAGAGACAGAGGGUGGUGAGACCAAGCGAAAAGCCAGUGGAGGGAGUGAGGAUCACCCGAUUAAGAAGGAGGAAGAUGAUGAGACAGUGCUCUAG